AUGGACAGCUCCCACACCAUGAAGACCUCUGUGCUCAUCCUGCUCAUGGCCCUACUGUGUGCGGAGAGAGCUCAGGGUCUGCGCUGCUACAAGUGCUUUGGAUCUUUACGUGGGAAGUCCUGCCAGCCCACCACGUGCUCCUCCCCCAACUCAGUCUGUGUCACCCAGGUGCUGGAGACCAUUGUGUUGUCUAAGAAAGUGAAACUGAGGAACAAGUUCUGCCUUCCCUUCUGCCCAGAGAAGUAUACCUCCAUUAAGAAUAUGCCCGUCAUGGGCACCAUCCUCAACACCCAGACCUCCUGUUGCACAGACGACCUCUGCAAUGGAGACAGUGGAGGCAAUGGAGACCGUGGAGGCAACGGAGACCGUGGAGGCUAUGGAGACCGUGGAGGCCAUGGAGACCGCGGAGGCAACGGAGACAUGCUUGUGGAUGGCAGCUCCCGGACCCUGGCAGGGGGUCUCCUGCUGGGUCUGGGCCUGGGAAUCCUCUGGACCCUGACUUGA